AUGAGUCAAAGUGCUGUCGCUGUGUCCGCGCCUGGCAAGGUCUUGCUAGCCGGUGGUUAUCUCGUUCUCGACAGAAAGUACAAUGGUCUCGUGUUUGGCCUGGAUGCUCGUAUUCACGUCUCUGUAAAGCCUUUCGCAUCGAGUUCAGGAGUUACUUUUUCUGAGAUCACAGUCAAAUCGCCUCAAUUCCAGGACGCCGUCUGGGAAUACGGUUACCGCCUGGCUGAGAAAGACGGGGGUGUCAAAGUGACCCAAUUGAGAGUAGACGCCGACUUCAAGCUGAACCGCAAUCCAUUUGUUGAAACAGCCUUGGCAUAUGCCCUGAGCUACAUCACCAGUGUUGGGUCGUCCAACAUUUCACCCUCAUCCAUCACCAUUUUGGCAGACAAUGACUACUACUCCACUUCCUCAGCAUCAUUGACUGGCGCAAGAUUCCACGACUUUGGUGUACCCCUGGCAAAAGCCAACAAGACUGGUCUAGGAUCCUCGGCUGCACUGGUGACUUCUUUUACUGCUGCUGUGCUUAGCUACUACUUGCCCAAGGAGACCUUCGACUUGACAACCGAAGCUGGCAAGCGCAAACUUCACAACUUGGCACAAGCAGCCCAUUGUGCUGCACAAGGCAAGGUCGGCUCUGGAUUUGAUGUGGCUUCUGCAGUCUACGGCAGCUGUUUGUACCGAAGAUUUUCACCGUCAAUUCUCUCAGCACACGGCGAACCGGGGACACCAGAGUUUGGCAAGCAGUUGGUAGGCAUUGUUGAUGAGAGCGGUGCAAACGGCAAAUGGGACACGGAGAUUGUCAAGGAUCAAGUCAAGGUACCAAAGGGUAUCAGACUGGUCAUGUGCGACGUCAGCUGUGGCAGUCAAACGCCCGGUAUGGUCAAGCAAGUGCUGGCGUGGAGAAAGGAGACUGGAGCAGAGGCAGAAAAUGUCUGGGAGGGACUGCAAAAUGUCAAUGAGGGCCUUUCACGAGAAUUGGUCCAAUUGGCAGAAAGCGGAUCGAAGGACUACUCGGAGCUCAAGCAACGCAUUCUCGCAAUCAGACGAGGGAUUCGAGAAAUGAGCGAGCAGAGCGGCGUGCCGAUCGAGCCGCCUGCCCAGACGGAGCUUUUGGACGCCUGCAGCAGGGUUGAGGGCGUUGUUGGCGGAGUGGUGCCUGGAGCAGGAGGAUACGAUGCCGUCGCACUGCUAAUCGAAGACAGAGAAGAGGUGGUUCAAACAUUACGGGAGCUGUUGUCUACAUGGAAGAUUGAGGGCGAGGUUGAUGGCAGUAUGGGCAAGGUCAGCAUGCUCAGAGUCAAGCAGGAGAUGGAGGGCGUGAGAGUGGAGCAAAGCAGCGACUAUGCGGAGUGGUCGGAGUAG